AUGUCGUCGCGUAUAACCCCUCAUCGGCGGCGAAGAUCGGAAAUCGAAGAUGAUGAGGAUGCCGACAGCAUGGGAAGCUCGCCCAGAUCAACUCCUACCGAUUCAGCGAAACGCGCCCGCACAAAUGGCUAUGACCGAGACAGUCCCUCAGGAUCUUCAGAACCAGACGAUUCCAGCAUGCCCCCUACUAAUGGACCCCGAUAUACUGUGAAUGGGAAUAGGAACGGAGAGAGCGAGUUUCAACCAGGUGCAAUCGUCCGCGUCAAGUUGACCAACUUUGUCACUUACGAGAGUGCCGAAUUCUUGCCGGGGCCAAACCUGAAUAUGGUCAUCGGACCAAACGGCACGGGCAAGAGCUCAUUAGUAUGUGCGAUUUGCUUGGGACUAGGAUGGGGCCCACAGCAUCUGGGGCGUGCUACUCAGAUUGGAGAGUUUGUCAAGCAUGGUUUGGGAGAGGCAUAUGUGGAAGUCGAAUUACAGCGGCGCAGCCAUGAACCGGAGAAUCAUGUUGUCCGUUUAAAAAUUAUUCGGGACGGGAACGGUCGUGAGUGGUGGUUGAAUGGGCGAAAAACGUCAUUGAAGGCUGUCCAAAUGUUGACUAGGAGUUUGAGCAUUCAAAUCGACAAUCUGUGCCAGUUCUUACCACAAGAUAAAGUGUCUGAAUUCGCAGCUUUAUCGCCGGUUGAAUUGCUGCAACAGACUCAAAGAGCUGCAGCCCCGGAACAAAUGUUAGAGUGGCACGAAGAACUGAAGAAGCUUCGCAGAGAUCAGAAGCAACUUGAGGAACAACAUGCGAGAGAUAAAGAGCAUUUGGAAACUCAAGAGACUCGCCAGGAAGGCCUGCGUGCUGAAGUCCAAAGAUUGGAAGAGAGAAAUCAAAUUCAAGACAGGAUUGCGUUGCUAAAGAAGACGGUGCCAUUUGUGGAAUAUAGAACCGCUCGCCUCCAGCAUCUGGAGUUCAAGAAGAAGAAGGAGGAGGCACAGGGUCGUCUACGGGAUUUAAGAGCACAAGUCGAGCCCACUUUACAAUCAGUCAAUCAUAAGCGGGAAUAUGCAGAGCGGAUCAACACGGUGGUCAAGGAGCGAAAGAAGAACCUUCAUACGGCGGAGCGAGCUGCUGACUUGGCUAUGACGGAAAUUGAGAAGCUCGACGGAAAUAUUCAAGAUAUCGAGCAGAAAUCAGAAGCGGAGCGACAGGCCGAAGAUCUCAGGAGGAAGGACAUUCUGAGAAUUCAGAAGAAGAUAAAGGAGCUGAAGGCUCGAUUACAAGAGGAGCCAAUUGAAUUUAAUAGCGUUGAGUGGAAUGAGAAAGUUAGCGCAAAACAACGUGAAGGUCGCUCACUUGAGGCCGAAUUGCGAGAACUUCGAAUUCAAGAAAAGGACCUUGUGGAUCGCGGAAGGAAAGCCCGUGGCGAGAUCCAGGCCGCCGAACAGGAAUUAGCUGCUCUCGACAGUCAGGAAGGACAACAGUUGAGCAAAGUUGAGAACCUAUCUAGAGACACGGCAGCAGCCUGGAAGUGGAUCCAAGAAAAUCAGGGAAACUUUGAACAGGAAGUCUACGGGCCUCCUCUCAUUUCAUGCUCUAUCAAGGACCCGAGAUAUACAAGUGCUAUCGAAUCACUCGUGAAUAAAACCGAUAUUUUGACUAUCACGGCUCAAACGAAUAAUGAUAUGAAAAAGCUUAGCGACCAUUUAUAUGGGACCAUGAAGCUCGCUGAUGUCUCGAUUCGGGUUUCCAAAGACCCAAUAGCCGCCUACGGCUCUCCUCCUCUGUCUAAUUCGCAGCUGGAACGAUUUGGUCUUGAUGACUGGGCGGUUAACUAUAUUGACGGCCCGGAGCCGGUACUAUCCAUGUUGUGUGGUAGUAAAGCCAUCCACAAAUCGGCCGUCUCACUUCGGGAUAUCAGCGAAGAACAACACAACGCGUUGCUCCAGACACAGUGCCGUGUCUGGGUGGUUGGAAGUCAUUGCUAUAGAACUAACGUGCGAGCAGAGUACGGAUCUCAAGCCACCUCGACGACGACGAGGUCAGUUGCUGCCGCACGGUUCUGGACGGAUCGUCCUAUUGAUAGCUCUGCCAAGCGUGAGAUACAAGGCAGGAUCGACACCUUAAAUCAAGAAUUCUCGGAAUUGAAGGAGAGAAUCAAGCCACUAAGAAUCAAGAUUGAUGCGCUGGAAAAGGCUGUUCAGAACAUUAAGGAAGAAGUCGACGCCAUAAAGAAAGAGAAAGCACACCGCCAGCACCUUCAUGGACAGCAAUUACAGAUACCAAAAACACUGGAGCGCGAGGAAGAGGGCUUGGCGGCGAAGGCAAAGGAAGGUGAUGAAAUUCGCGAGCGAUUCAAAAUGUUCCAUACCCAGUAUGACCACGCUGUCCUUAGGAAAGCGUCAAAAGCACUCGAAUAUAAGAAGAGGGUGGAGGAUAUCCGGAGAUGCCACGAGGAGCUGCUUGAAGCCGAAAUCAGACUCAUCGAGGCUAGGUCUGAUGUGGAAUCUCUUGAAGAACGCAACAGAGAGAUCGUUCAGAGACUCGAGGAAGAAGAACAGCAAGUCAGGGAGGUAGAACGAGAAGCAAAGGCUGCGCAUGAUACGGCAGCCAAGGCUCUGAAAGUCUGCAAGGCAAUCACAGCUGAGGCCGAUCCUUCUGAUAUGGAUUACUUUACGAAACUUUCUCCCGAUUUGACCAUCGAAUCAGUUGAAAUGGAAAUCGCAGCUGAGGAAUCGAAACUUGAAUACAUACACGCCAACAAUCCAAAUGCAAUUCGAGACUUCGAAAAACGUCAACAGGAGGUUGAUAAGUUAAAAGAUAAGAUCACAGAAGCCGAAGAAAAACUGGAAAGAUAUGGCCGUCAUAUCGCCAAGAUCAGGGGCAAGUGGGAGCCCGAGCUUGACAAACUCAUCGCGGAGAUCAGCGAUGCGUUUUCGUACAACUUUGAGCAAAUCGGAUGUGCCGGCCAGGUCAGCGUUCACAAGGACGAGGAUUUCGAUCAGUGGGCUAUCCAGAUCAAGGUCAAAUUCAGCAGAGAGAACGAAAGCCUCCAAAUCCUGGACCAGCAUCGUCAAUCCGGUGGUGAGAGAUCGGUCUCUACAAUCUUCUACCUCAUGUCACUCCAGUCCCUCGCACGCGCGCCCUUCCGCGUCGUCGACGAGAUCAACCAAGGCAUGGACCCGCGCAACGAGCGCAUGGUCCACGAGCGGAUGGUGGAAAUCGCGUGCAAGGAGCACACUAGCCAAUACUUCCUCAUCACGCCCAAGCUACUAACGGGUCUCCGAUACGAUCGCAGGAUGAAGGUGCUCUGUAUCCAGAGUGGCGAGUACAUGCCCGAAGAUCACAACAAGACGGAUAUCCGCAAGAUCAUUGCGAUUCGGAGAUCGAUUGUUGCGGCUCGUUAG